UUGUUUUCGUCUCUGCUCAUUGAUCUCUUCCACUCUUCCAGUUUCUUCUUCUUUCAGUUCUUCCACCACUGUAAAUGCAGGAUCCCCGCCACCUUUCUGGGUUUUCUCAAUGAUUCACGGCUCAAAAAUCAGAGUACAAGUAAAAGCAAUGAAUAACAUUGAACUUGGGUUUCUUAUAUUUCUUCUCCUUUUCAACCUUCUUCUGCCCUUUUCCUAUGGAGAAGCUGGUGGUCUUUGUGUAUCUCAAGGUGGUCGCUUUCCGCCCUUCUCUUCUGAGGGGAAACCUCCUAAAAGGGUGGGGAAGGGACACAAGGAUUUGACACUCUGUAGGGUGUUUCGGAAAAAGACUUGCUGUGAUGCUGCCCAGACACAUCCUGCUUUGCUUUCUAUUAGGAGGCUGGCUUUAACAGGUGAAGCCAGUGAAGAGUGUUUGCAUUUGUGGGAAUUGCUGGAAUGUUCCAUAUGCGAUCCACGAGUCGGAGUUCAGCCUGGACCCCCACUUAUAUGCACAUCCUUCUGUGAUAGAGUAUUUCAGGCCUGCUCUAAUGCUUACUUCUCAAUGGAUGCAAAGACACAGGUUCUAGCACCAUGUGGAGCAAAUGACUUUGUUUGUGGUAGAGCAUCUGAAUGGGCAUCCAAUGGAACAGAAUUAUGCCUUGCUGCAGGUUUCCGUGUUGAACAAUCCGUUGGCAUGCAUGGUGGUAUUGAAGAACUGUCCUGUUAUGGUGGCAAAGCGAGUCUUGAUUCAAUUGCUGAUUCAUGGGGAGCUUCACGAUCUGAGAAACCCCACAAAACUGGGAACUCUGGGCUCUUAGAAGAUUUCCAGCAGUGGCUCCAGGAUAUGCCUUCUAAUGAAAGAGUUUCUUGGGCAGUAGGAGGCCUUGUUCUUACAGCGGGCCUACUUUUUAUAAGCAAAAGAAAGAGCCAUAACCAACGCCAAAAGCUUGCAGCUAUUCAACGCGCUGCUAGGAGACUAGAAGUCAAGAUGAACCCGACACCCACUUCAAGUCAAGGAAAUAGGAAAGGGAAUCGAAGAUGAACGUUACUGCGGUUUUUGGAAAUGUCAUAUUGAAAUCUGUUGGCAUAUCUACGAAGUUCACUUCUCCGCUCGAAUGCUAGACUGAUCAAUAUUUUUGUGAACCCUCCUCCAUUUGUACCAGACAAAUAUAUCAAAAGUUAUACAUUAGUAUAAGCCUAAUUUUGCAGUUCUAUUGUGAAAUCAUAGCAAAAAUAAAAGUUUGCCUUUGCUGUUUCCCAAAA